UUGAUAUCAAGAUCAUUACCUCUCUGGAAGAAAACUUCCAUCAAACAACACACCCAACACUAUCAACAAUCAACCAUCAACAUCCCCAACUACAAUCCAGUCAAGAAAAGAUCACUGAAAAAAAUGACAAAAUCCACCCAAACCCGCCUCCAAAACGACUUUGGCGCUGACCUUUGGGUUCGCCAGUCGACUGUUCAAGGACGGCACGCAACAUCCGGCCGAGGCCUCUUCGCCGGCCUGCAAGACGUCAAACAAUACAACGUGGAGAACGGAUUCGCCGCUCGGGGGGAGGGCCACGGGACGGGGUUGGUAGGGUUUUUGUGGAGUCGUAUAAUGGGUGGUUCGUAUCGGCCGCCGACGAAUUAGACCGUACCUUUUUGUUUUCUUCUUUGGAUGUUUUAGAGGCAGGAGAUGGGUUGUUUUCUUCUUAGCCUGUUACCUACCUGCUGCUGUUGGAUGUUAAAUGAUUAGAUGUUUUGGUUGUUUGUUGGUUGUUUUAUGAUUAGCUGGAGCUGGGAUACCAUGUUUUUUGUUAUUAUAUUUAAUUUAUAUUAUAUAAGUUUUGCC